AUGAGUCGAGUUCAUAGGUUGGUGCGUCCACUUUACUUGUCUGCUAUAGCCACGGCGUCGUGUUGCGCAGCACCAGUAGAUCUCGCUCUCCACACACUAGGGAGCAUACUACGCAACUCAGUUUUGUACGUUGGGGUGGGCUGGUUCUUCGGCUUCUGCUUCGCGACUGGGGACCUUUUCACUGGGCUCCCUCCAAGCCAACAAUCCUACGCAGCAUUCAGCGCCGCCGUUGUGUCUUGGUUUUGGGGCGUGUUUUCUGUUUUUAUGAUCGUCAUCAUGUCGGCCAAGUUACUUCGAGAGCAGUUUAUCGGAUGCUCAUCGAACCAGAUAGCAGCACGAGGUCCUACCGUGUCCCUGGCGCGAAAUAUGACCUUAUUACAGUGUAUCCGAAAGUUGGCAGUACCGAUGAUCCCUCAUCUCGUGUUGGCGGGGUUUUGUGCCGUCGGUGGAGAUUUCCUUGUGUACUCGACAAUGCCACCGAACUGGUCCAAAUUCAAGCCAAUCUUGUAUAUUGGCUUUUUCUGGGGGUUCUACAGCAUGGUAAUAGCCGACAUCUACGCUCGACGGAUCUUCCAAACGGAGACUGUUGACGAGCACCCUCAUUCCAAACCAUUCUGGACCCCAACACCCCGUCGAAUACUUCAAGUCUACCGUAAGAAUCUCCCCGUCAUAGUCUUCGUGUUAAUCGCCAUCGUGUAUGUGCACGCACUGAGCCAAUUCAUACACUUGACUGGGAAGUGGGGGAUGUUCGCUUGUGCUUGUGCAAGUAUCGCCCUCAAGCUGAGCUUGCAGGAGCUUGCUAAGCACAUUAUGAUGUCGGUACGCCGGCCAGUGUCAAGACGAGUCAUGGUCGCACUUAUCUCCACCCCGACCAUCCUCGUUGAUACACAAGUUCGAAUGCUUUUGCUACGACAAGAUAAUCUCAAUGUCUCCGUCGCGGGGACGAUACUUCUCGCCAUCUUCGAGAUUGUCGUUCGAGCUCUCAAGUCCGUGGUAGUGCAGCGUAAAACGCGCAGACCUAUGACUGCUCGGCAAAGAUCUCGACGGCGGUCUUGUGAAUCCCCGGCGGAGUACAAAGCACGGAGGGAUGUCGAGGAGCGCCGCCGGAAACUUCGCGUGCUGCACGCGGGUGAAAUUUACGCGGAAAUGUACGCGGAAUACAUCGCAAUCGGCUGUUCGUAUGCCAUUCUCUUCUUCUACCGGGACCAUGCUCAAUUCGAAUUCAGAGUAUUGUCGGAUCAUAACAAACAACUGACGUCUCUGGGCAUUCUUCAGCUGAGCGUGGAGGUGGUUGUCGAUUUUUUGUCGUGUGUACUCGAGGCGUCCGAAGGUGUCGAGUUCAAAAGUUUCAACCAGAACGACCCGUUCUUGAUCUUCUUCUUGGCGAUGCUGACCUUCUCGAAUAUUGCCAUUUCGGCCGGAAUGUACCUCCGCUAA